AUGGCUGCUAGUGAUAUCGAGCUUAUGGACUAUGAUUACUACGAUGAUGAUUAUGAUGAUUUUGCAUGCGAUGAUGAGGUUGAAUCUCUCCCCGAACUUGUCGAUGACCAGACGACGGAAGAGAAAAACUAUGCCGUAUUAAAAGAAUCAGACAUCAAGCAACGUCAGGAGGAAGAUAUAACAGAAGUUUCCAACGUUCUUUCGAUAUCCAGAAACGCAGCAAGAAUUCUUCUUCGUCACUGUAGAUGGACUGUUAGCGAAGCCCUCGAUAGCUGGUUUGCGAAUGAAGAGGAGGUACGUAAAUCAGCCGGCUUGAUAGACCAGGACCACAAAAUCGUUGUUUGUUCUUGCGAGGUUAAAAACUUUACAUGUCCUAUCUGUUAUGAACGCGAUUCUCGUAGAAAUUUUUCUAGUGCUGCCUGUGGUCAUCCUUUCUGCAAUUCUUGCUGGUCGAAGUAUUUAGAAGUAAGUAUUGAUGAUGGUGCUUCUUGCUUGAUCCUGAGAUGUCCUGAUCCGUCAUGUCGAGUUGUUGUUGAUCAAGAUCUGAUCAAUUCUUUGAAGGAGUUGCCAGAGCAAUAUAAGGCGAAGUAUGCGAGGUUCCUUCUUCGAUCCUACGUCGAAGAGUGUGGGAAAAGGAGAAUCAAGUGGUGCCCAGGUCCUGGAUGCGAGAACGCAGUGGAGUUUUCUUCUGGGAAUUGUGAAAACUUCGAUGUGUUUUGUGAUUGUUCGCAUGAAUUUUGCUGGAAUUGUCCAGCGGAUGAGGCUCAUAGUCCCGUGGAUUGCGAGAAGGUGGUAGAAUGGAAUAAGAAGAGCAGUAGUGAAGGGAAUACUAUUAAUUGGAUACUUGCUCAUACGAAGCCUUGUCCAAAAUGCAAGUCUCCUAUUGAAAAAAAACAAGGAUGUAUGCAUAUGACUUGCAGGGCUCCUUGUAAAUUUGAGUUCUGCUGGCUAUGCCUUGGUGAAUGGAAAUCUCAUGGAAAUUUCUAUAUUUGCAAUUCCUACAAAAAGGCUCAGAGAAGUGGACGUUAUGCUCAAGAAAAUCCAUGGAAGAUGGCUGAAGAAAAUCCAUGGAAGAGGUACAUUCACUAUUAUGAAAGAUGGACUGCAAAUCAAUCUUCGAGGAAGAAAGCACUAGCAGAUUUGUAUGAAGUGAAAACUGUGCAUAUGGUGAAGCUUUGUGGUAUUUAUCAUAAAUCCAUUUCUGAAUUGAAGGGAAUAGAAGAGGCUUGGCUUCAGAUAGUUGAAUGCAGGAGAGUUCUGAUGUGGAGUUAUGUAUAUGGAUAUUAUCUGUCAGAGAAUGAGGAAACUAAGAAGAACAUUCACCUCUUUGAGUACUUGCAGGGACAAGCAGAGAUUGGCUUGGAAAGACUUCAUCGAUGUGCAGAAGUGGAAAUGAGACCUUUCAUUACCGAUUAUGAAAAUCUACCAACACCAAAAGAGUUCCACGAUUACUAUUUGAAGUUGAUCAAUCUAACUACUGUAACUAAAAAUUACUUCCAGAAUCUCGUCAGAGGCUUGCAGAACGGCCUGCAGAAUGAUGUUGAAACCUUUAGCAUAAAGCCAUCUUUGUUUUUUAGGAUUACAAGAUUAAUGAUUUCUACAAAAAAGCUGUUAUUCUUAAAAUAG